AUGAGUGCCCACGUUGUCGUGAUCGACGCGACAGCCAGGCGGGCGACAAUCAAGACUACUCCCGCCAAACACUUGACCGAUAUCCUACAAGAAGCAUGUACGAAACUUGGAUACAAUGCUAGCCAGUAUUCAUUAAAACACAAUCGCAGGCAAUUAGAUCUUUCUCUUUCUUACCGACUGUCUGGUCUCACCUCUGGCGCAAAGCUUGAACUUGUUCAACUCUCUCGCUCCCCAUCAGUCGUAACUGUCGGCCUACAACUGCCCGAAGCUGAGGCUCGUGGUGCCCCGAAUAACCGUAUACUUGAUAAGUUCCCUAGCACGACUACACUAUGGAUGGUACUACGCAAGUUCGAGGCAGGAGUUGCAGGCAGUGGCCCUAUACGGAAUCUCACUUCACGUGCAGUGCCCUCUGCCGAGGGCGGAGAUGUCGCCGGACGACUGUACUAUGAGAUCCCUGUCCUUCAGAUUAUGGAACGUGAACUAUCGACCUUCACGGAUCUACAAAAAACCCUAGCUCAGCUAGGUUUCAACAGUGGCAAUAUUCUUAUUCGACUCAGUUUCCGACGGACGGAGGAGCCUAUCGAAGAAGCCAUGACCAAGAUUGGCGAGUUCUUCAAGGAUGAGGCUCCUUCGGCACAGGAUAAGAACGCAGUGCCCUCAGCAGCUCCCACCGACAGCACAAGCAAGGAGCCUGCUCAAGAGCUCUCCAGCACAUUGCAGCCUGAGCCCUCCAGCGUCACCACCGAAUCGGACGAAGUUGUACCUCCCCCAUCUCUCUCCGAACCAGCCACUUCCACAGCCGACUCUAGCCGAACGGUUACUGUCUUCUCCCCUCCCUCAGAAGACACUCCUUCGUCGGCAAAACUAGACUACAAUGAGAGUGAUUACGUACCCUCCAUUGAGCACGCAAAACUGCAUCAGCGGUUACUCAAUGAGUCUUCUCGCCCAAAGCGCUUACCAACGGACGCCGAGAUCGCCGCCAAGGCAGAGGCAGAAGCGGCAAAGCGAGCAGCGAUCCGCGAGGUCGAUGUGAAGAUCCGUUUCCCAGAUCAGAGCCAAGUUGUCGCCAAAUUUGGGGUCUCGGACACAGGACAGUCGUUGUAUGAAUUUGCACGCGGGUGUCUUGCUUCACCGUUCGCCAGUGAGAGCUUCAUUCUAACUGUCCAUGGCGUAUCCCGAUCCAAUUACACAACCGCCAUACCGUCAUCAGAUAAGAAGCGACUUAUUAAAGAUCUAGGGUUAGCUGGCCGUGUGCUCGUCAACUUCUCUUGGGCUGAUAACGCUGCCUCGUUUGUUCAUGCACGCCGAGCGGAGAUCCUACGCCCCGAGCUUCGGAGCCAGGCUCAACAGCUCAAGGUGGAGCAACCGCCAGAGCUCAAGGAAGAAGAUGUGCCUGGUCCCUCACAGCCGGGUCCAAGUAGCUCCCAAGGCGGCGAUAAGCCUAGCGGAGCACGGAAGAGUGGUACGAUGCCUAAGUGGCUGAAGCUACCAGGCAAGAAAUGA